AUGUCCACUUACUUUGAUACCGUGAAAAGAUCUUACGAAGAAGUAUACAUAGAUCCGGAGAGAGGCAUAUCGACUAUACAGUUUUUGGAAGCUACCGAAGGUCUUGUCCAUCUGUUCGGUUCGAGCGCUUUCAGUGUAGUGCAAAAUGACAUGAACGGUAAUUUAAAGAAAAUCCAAACAAGGUAUCUGACUGACACAGAGGCGAAUGAUACUCUUGAAAAUUUGGUGAUCAAUGAAAAAGACGAAAAGAAACGUGAAGCUACUGGAGGAUUGUUAUGGCUAAAACGAGGAUUGGAAUUUACCGCCGUAGCUCUUCGUCGUUCAGUCGAAAAUCCUGAUGAAGAACUCUCCGUAUCGUUUACCCAAGCCUACGGGGUAACAUUGAAAAAGUUUCAUGGCAUAUUAAUUAGGCCUGUAUUUAACUUGGCUAUGAAAGCAUGUCCAUAUCGAACCGCGUUCUUCAAGAAGUUAGGUGAAGAUCAAGAACUAGUUCAACAAAAACUAGUUGCUUGGUUAACGGCUCUCGAAUUAAUCGUAGCAAGAUUAAAUUCCUUUUACGAAUCAGGAGGGUAUGAUAAAGGCCUUUGA